UCAACAUUUCUGACAGUUGGCCCUGAAAAGUCUCGCCUUUGUUGACAGUUUCAUCGAGCACACACACGCACAGUUCCUCAACACUCGUCAUCAUACGUCUACAGCCGCAGUUUUCUUUUUCUAAUUUUCUAUUUCCAGUGAUUUGAGUUUUUUUUCUCUCUCUCUCGAUUAAAACCAUCGUUCUGUCAUGGUUGACACGUGCAGCUUCUAAUCGUCGAGCUCCCAGAAAGGGCCAGGAAUUGGGUUUCCUAACACGAAUGUGUUGAUUGAAUGGUGGGAGGUAUUAUAACGAUCGUCUGAUACGUCCAACGCUGUCUUAUACAUCGUUCUAAAUUUAUCCUCGUCGUAAAAUACUGGUAAUAGUUUGUGAUAUCAUCGCCCCGCGUCUGUGUGCCGCAGACAUCUACCAGCAGUUGGCAUCUAUCUAUAUUUUGUUUUUUCAACAACUCCCCUCCUCCCAAACUCACCACGUUGGAAGGUUUUGCAAAAAAGAAAAUGGCAUCUAGUUCAGUGAGUCAGGAGGAUGUGGAGAAGGAUUUCCAGCUGCUGAGCAGACGCAGCAAGAUCCGAACAGCAAGGGCCAGAAAUCCCCUGUCAUUUUCACAGAGGCCAGAUGAGAUGGAGGCUGAAGACAGAGAAGAAAGUCCCAAACCAGUUGGCAAGACCAAGGAACGCAGAGCAGUCAGAACAGAAAGGCAAAACUUUGUCAACAAAGGCAAACUUCAGAGGGAUCGACGUAAGCUGCGAGAAAAAAGGCGCAGCACGGGUGUAGUUCAUUUGCAGUCGACAGAGUCAACUGGCGGCAGUACGGGAGAGGACGAUGGUGAGCAAUCCCCGUCCUGGGAUGAGACCAAGAAAAACACAGUCAUUAAUGAAGGCAGCAGUAUGGAUGGUAAAGGUGAUCCGAAAAGUGGUGGGCGCAACUACAUUGGACCCUCGGAUUUGGAAGCGGAUGAUGAGGAUACGCAGGACGGUGAUUCGUUAAAUCACUUGAAACUCGACAUUAAUCUGACGGAGUUGAACAUCAAAGAGGACUCGCAGCUGUCGACGUCGCACGACAGUACGCCAGAGUCCCCGCCGAUCGAUUUGGCUGAGCAGGCGUUGCAAAGAGCCAAGCAAGAGAUGAAGCAACUCAACUCUCAGCUGGGCGAGGCCCGGCGAGAGAUCUCUCUGCUCAAAGCUGAACGGGAUUUCCUGCGGGAGCAGAAUCUCGGCUUGCGGAAUCAAGCCCUGGCCAACAAGAAAUAAUAAGGACGUGUGAAGAAAAAAGAAAAAAGCAAAAAGAAACUUAACUUGUUUGCUGCAAUGUGACUCCUUUAUUUUGGGCUUUCUUCAUUUCUCCCUCCCGACCUCCACCCCAAUCAUGCAAGUACUUGUCGCAUAUUACCAGGUGGUUGUUAUUAUUCAAGUUUUUCAUUUGAAAACAAAAAAAUUUGCUUUACUAAAAACUCGAAGGCAGCUCCUUUUAUUUGGGGUUUUUCGCCUCGAAUACGCGGAAACCUCAACACUUACGUCCUUUUUUGUCGCUAUUUGUUUGUUUUUUUUCUUCUCCUUUUCGUGAAUUUGUUUUACCUUCGCCUUCAGCAAUAUGACCCCAUCUUCCUCAUCAAACUAUAUUCCUCUUCGCGAUUUGAUUUUGGCUUUGUUUCUUGUCGUGCCCCAAUCCAACAAUCCUUUUUCAUGUGAUGAAAAUGAAGUUUGAAUAUUUAUUGUUAAUCUUGCUGAUUGAUACAAUUAGAAAACAAUAAAAUAAUGUAUCGAAGGUAUACAACAAGGAA